AUGUUUUAGUAAUAAGUUUUAUUAAAAUUUUUCAUAAUUCAAGUUAAAAAUGAAAUAAUUAUUUACACUCAAUAAAUAAGAAUUAAAAAAAAAAAUUAUCCUUGCUUUUUGAUUUCGCUUUAGUUAUUAGAUAUUAAUAAUUUUUUAGAUUAUAUAAUUUAAAUCUUAAAAUUUGGGUUUUUUCAUUAAUAAUUAGUUCAGUUUAAAUUACAUCAUUUAGUGAAAGUUUUUUAAAAAAAUUAAAUAUUAUUGAUAGAGACAAAAAACACAAACAAACCGAAUAAAUAGUAAAACAAUCAAACAAACAAAAUUGCUAAUAAACAGUAAAAAAAUAAGCAAGCUAGCUCAUAAACAGUAAAAAAACAAACAAAAAAUCAAUCGAUAAGCAAGCAAAAAGCAAAAAAAGUAGCUAAUAAACAGUAAAAUAAUAAACUAACAUACAAAAAACACAAAAACAAUAGGUGCAAUACAAAAUUAACUAUGAAAAUAGAUUAUUAUAUAAUUAUAUUUUCUGUUUUAUUUUCAAAGUUGCUGUGCUAGUGCUUGAAUGGGGAAAUUUAUAAUAUAUUGACUUAAUAGUGCUUGAAAUGUUCUAUCAGCUGCUAACAAUGCUUUAAUACUAAUGAAGACAACUGUAUAAAAUGCCAAACUAACACCUUUAAUAGUAUAUAAAAUAACUUUUAAUGUACUUAAACUUGUCUAUAAGGUUAAAUAAAUACAGAAAAUUAAUAAUGUGUUUAAUGCUUAGUUGAAGGAUGUAUCUAAUGUGAUGCUAACUAAAAUUGCUUAAAAUGCGAAGUUAAUUUAUAACUUAGUUAAGAAAACAAUAAGUGCUUUCUAAAAUAAAAUUUUUGUGAAUCAAGCGUUGAAUUUAUUGAAUCUCCUUUUACAAAAAAUUAAUGCUCAAAAAUAUGCUCCUCUUUCACUUAUUAAAAUUUUGAAACUCAUCAAUGCGAGUAAACACAACAAUGUCCAUAUUUUCAAAGUAGCUUUGAUAAUUUUAAUUAAAGAAUAGUGUAAGUUAACUCAUUUUUAGGUAAUUAAUACUUUAUUAGAGGUAAUUAAUGCUAAUUUGCACUGGUCAACUAAAAUUUUGAGAUAAUCAAUUCAAAUAUACUAUAAAAUUUAAAUAAUUUUGAAGAAUUAUACAUGUAAUAUGGGGUAGAAGUUAAUUAAAAAAGCUUUAUAGUAGGGAAUUAUGGCGGAUGCUUAGCAAAUAACAGCUUAGUUAUUGCGAAUUUCGCUACAUCCUAAACUGUUUAUUCAGAGAUAGGGUUUUAGGAUGAUCUUAAUGUAGGAUAUAUUGAUACUAAUAACUAAAUUGUAUUUUUAAUAAGCACUAAUUACAAACAAAUAAUUGUUUUUGAUGGAAUUAGUUCUUAAAUUAUUAAUUGA